AUGGCGGAGGAGAAGAAGGCCAAGGCGGGCGGGUGCGCGCAGCUGCCCACCGAGUCCAUGAAGGCGAUGGCCGAGGCGAUGGGCAUCGGGAAGGGGAGGGUAUGGGUUGGACAGUGGGGGGGGUGCAAGGAGGCAGGGAGGUCCUUCACCACGUUUGCUUGUUUUCUCUUGCAGCCACUGUACGGCUUCCACACUCAGGAAUUCAUCCCUUUCCGUUACGCCAGCGGUGGGGGCCGUGAGCUCUAUUUCUAUGAGGAGAAGGAAGUGGACCUGAGUGACAUCAUCAACACCCCACUUCCCCGCGUCCCCCUUGACGCCUGCCUCAAGGCUCACUGGCUGAGCAUCGAAGGAGUUCAACCUGCCAUCCCAGAAAACCCACCCCCAGCCCCCAAGGAGCAGCAGAAAGCCGAGGCCACAGAGCCCCUGAAAGCUACGAAGCCUGGCCAGGAGGAGGACGGGGCCCUCAAGGGCAAAGGGCAAAAUGCCACAGCACCUGAGGGCAAAGGGAAAGAGAAGAAAGGGCCCCUCUUGGAGGGAGCCCCUCUGAAGCUGAAGCCACGCAGCAUCCAUGAGCUCUCGGUGGAGCAGCAGCUGUACUACAAGGAGAUCACGGAAGCAUGUGUGGGCUCCUGCGAAGCAAAGCGGGCGGAAGCCCUCCAGAGCAUUGCCACUGACCCUGGCCUGUACCAGAUGCUGCCCCGCUUCAGCACCUUUAUCUCUGAAGGGGUGCGUGUGAAUGUGGUGCAGAACAACCUGGCCCUCCUGAUCUACCUCAUGCGGAUGGUGAAGGCCCUGAUGGACAACCCCACCCUCUAUUUGGAGAAAUACCUUCAUGAGCUGAUUCCUGCCGUGAUGACCUGCAUUGUCAGCCGGCAGCUCUGCCUGCGGCCAGAUGUGGACAACCACUGGGCCCUCCGCGACUUUGCUGCCCGUCUCAUCGCCCAGAUCUGCAAGAACUUCAGCACCACCACGAACAACAUCCAGUCACGGAUCACCAAGACUUUCACCAAGAGCUGGGUGGAUGAGAAGACCCCGUGGACCACACGGUACGGCUCGAUUGCUGGCCUUGCAGAGCUUGGACAUGAUGUGAUCAAGACACUGAUCCUGCCUCGGCUGCACGUGGAAGGCGAGCGCGUCCGCGCUGUGUUGGAGGGCCCUGUGGUCAGCAACAUCGACAAGAUUGGGGCUGACCAUGUCCAGAGCCUCUUACUGAAGCACUGCGCGCCAGUCCUAGCCAAGCUGCGCCCCCCACCUGACAACCAGGAGGCCUACCGGGCGGAGUAUGGGUCACUGGGCACCCUCCUCUGCACUCAUGUGGUCAAGGCGCGGGCCCAGGCUGCCCUGCAGGCUCAGCAGGUGAACCGUACCACCCUGACCAUCACUCAGCCCCGCCCAACGCUGACUCUCUCCCAGGCUCCUCCAGGGGGUGGCAGCAGCAGCAGCAGCAGCAGCACCUCCUCCUCCUCCAGAGCCCCCAGCAUCAUCAAGGUGCCCAGUGCCAUUACGCUGCCAGUGCAGACGCUGGUCUCAGCCACUCGCCCUGCCACUCCGACACAACCCUCCCCACCACCCACCAAGUUUAUUGUCAUGUCCUCGGCCUCUGGCACCUCCACCUCCCAGCAGGUAAUCACGCUUAGUGGGGGGCCCACCAGCACCUCCACCUCCCCAGUCACUACGACAGUCCCCAGCACACAGCCCCUGGUGAAGCUGGUCUCGGGUGGGCAGGCAGCCCCCAGCCCUCCGGUCUCAAGCAGCGUCCAGAAGUACAUUGUUGUGUCCCUCCCUCCAGCCACUGAAGGCAAAGGGGGAAGUGCACAGCUGUCGCCCUCCUCGUCCUCCUCUUCCUCUGCUUCCACCCCACCCAGCCUGGCCCUUCCUGGCAGCGGCAGCAGUGUCAAGCAAGAGCCGAGCGACAGCCCCCAGCCCCUUGGGAACAGCACAGCCGCCAGCAUCACGGCCACCACAGCGGCCACGACCUUCCUGGCCAAAGCGAAUGGGGGCCCCAGCAUGCUGCCCCCGGGGUCACCUCAGCCCACCCUGUAAGGAGCCAGGAGGAUCAGAGCAGCUCUGUGCCAAAGGCCAGGAGGGGACCUCCCUUCUUCUGACAUGGCUUCUUAACACCUCGGCAAAGGUGG